AUGGCAGUUCUUGCGGUUUCCAUCUGCUCGCACGGCGGCAAGGCGCUAGUGGCGCGUCAGUUCAGAGACUUGAGCCAGGACCGGAUCACGGAACUUUUGGCCCACUUCCCCUCGUUGCUUUCGGGCUCCGGGGCACAAAACACCACAGUGGAGACGGACGCGGUGCGCUACGUGUACCAGCCGUUGGAAGAGUACUACGUGGUGCUUUUGACAAACAAGCAGUCCAACAUUCUCCAGGAUAUCGACACGUUGCACCUCUUUGUGCUGGUGGUCAGCAACAUGUUGCGGAGCAUCGACGAGAAGGAGAUCUACAGCAACGCGUUCGAGCUCUUGAGCGCGUUCGACGAGAUCGUCAACUUGGGCCACCGCGAGAAACUCAACUUGUCGCAGGUGCAGAGCUUCUUGGAAAUGGACUCGCACGAGGAGAAGAUCCAGGACAUCAUCGAGCGCAACAAGGAAAUGGAGGCCACCGAGGAGCGCCGCCGCCGUGCCAAGGAAAUCCAGCGCAAGGAGUUGGCGCGCCGCAACAUGGAGCUGCAGCACGCGGCCGUCUUUGGCGCCGCGGGCCAGGCCCCGCCCGCCCACAACUCGCUGGACGCGUUCGGCUACACCUCCGCGCCGUCCGCCGGUCCGCUGUAUGGGAACCCGCCCCGCGCGCCCGCGGAGACGCCGGGGCCCGGCUCCGCGCCGCCGCGCCCGGCCGCCGGCAAGGGCUUGCAGUUGGGCAAAAAGCCCCUGCGGCCCGCCGCAACCGAGCAGAAACAGCCGCUUCUCGCCGCCCGGCCACCCGCGGCCGCGCCGAGCCCCGGCAUCCCCGAAGCGGCGAGCUCGGCGUCCGCGUCGCCCGGGCCGCAGCAGAGCGGCGGAGCCAAGGCGGCCAACGCCGGCAUUUUGAUCACGCUCAACGAGAAGAUCACCGCGCAGUUGCACCGCGAGGGCGGCGUGUCGGCGUCGGAAGUCAAGGGCGACCUCAACUUGCGCAUCAACAACGCCGCGUUGGCACGUGCGCGCCUCUUGUUGCGUGUGGGCACGCAGGCGGGCAUCCAGUACAAGACCCACCCCAAUGUGGACCGGGCGUUGUUCCUGGCCGACAGCAGCAUCGGCUUGAAGGACCGCGCCAAGCCCUUUCCCAGCAACGACCAGAGCUUGGGCGUGUUGCGCUGGCGGGCCGCCGCCCCGGCCGACGAUGCAUCCUUGGUGCCCCUCUUGCUCACGGCGUGGGUCAGCGUGGACGGCGGUGUCGCCGACGUCAACUUGGAGUACGAGUUGACGCCCGCGUUCUUGGACGCGCACCCGCUGGUGGAGUCUUUCGACGGCGUGCAGAUCUUGGUCCCGGUGGUCUCCGACGACGUGAUUUUGAAGGAGGACUCGUCGGGACACGUGUCCUACAACGCCACCGACGACGGCGUGGUGUUCUCGCUCGCGCACAUCGAUACAGCCGCCGCGCUGGGCUCUUUCGAGUUCUCCGUGCCCGUGGACUCCGAGGAUAGCUUGUUCCCCAUGCAGAUCGCAUUCCACUUGUCGCGCACGAGCGGCGUGACCGAGUCCGACGGCCUGUUCGGCAAAGUGCUGGUCAUUGACGUCGUGUCCAACGACGACGAGGAGGAGUCGCUUCCGUUCAACUUGCACCAGAACUUGACCUCCGAGAGCUACUCUGUGGUCUGA